AUGCAAAACCAAACCCCGCCAUGUUCCGCAUCUCAGACAGAAUUCUAUGCAUCCCUCCUCCAAACAAGCCUGAAAACCAACGACCCAUUUACCAUCAAACCAAUCCAUUGCCGCAUAACAAAGUAUGGACUUCACUUAGGCGUGUACUUGAUGAAUAAUCUGAUGAACGCAUACGCAAAAAACGGGUUUAUUCGCGAUGCUCGCCGCAUAUUUGAUGAAAUGCCUCUCAAGAUUACAUCGUCGUAUAACACACUUUUAUCUGCAUAUGCUAAACAGGGCAUGAUAUGCGAAGCUCGUUGUAUCUUUCGUGAAAUGCCGAAUCCUGAUUCUGUUUCUUGGACAGCGAUGAUUGUGGGAUAUAAUCAAUUAGGUCAAUUUGGGACCGGUGUUUGGAUGUUUCUGGAGAUGAUGAAACGGAAAAUUGUGCCUACCCAAUACACGGUUACUAAUAUUCUUGCGUCUUGUGCUGCCUAUGAAGCGUUGGAUAUAGGCAGGAAUGUUCACUCGUUUGUUGUUAAACUUGGCCUCUCUGGCUGUGUAUCUGUAGCUAAUUCUUUGGUAAAUAUGUAUGCUAAGUCAGAUUCCGGUCCAUGCACCGAUUUGGAUGAUAUUCUGAAGGAAAUGUUGGACCAGCUGAGGUGGAAUUCAAGAACUUUCUUGUUCAAGAAACUUGAAACAGCUGAAGUAGAAUCUUCUAUAGUAAAUAAUGUUGCUACCUGUCUUGCCCAAGGAAUUGCUGAAGCACAACAACUUAAAAUCGCAGCAAAUAUUGCAGGGCAUGCAGGGACAGUUAUAACUACCUUAAGGAAAAAAUGUGGAGCAUUCAAGAAGUCCAAGUGGUUGUUGUGUGAUAAUGCUGGCCUGCGCCGGGGCUUCUCGGCUUCGGCUUCGGCUCCGCCGGAGUUGCCGGGUUUUGAUUACGAGCCGAAGCCGUACAAGGGUCCAUUAGCCGAUGAGGUGCUCGAGAAGCGCAAGAAGUAUUUGGGUCCUUCUCUUUUCUAUUAUUAUCAAAAACCCCUCAACAUUGUUGAAGGGAAAAUGCAGUACCUGUAUGAUGAGAGUGGAAGGCGUUAUCUUGAUGCAUUUGCGGGAAUAGUUACUGUUUCUUGUGGUCACUGUCAUCCUGAUAUUUUGGAUGCCAUAACGGAGCAAAACAAGCUUCUUCAGCAUGCAACAACCAUAUAUCUACACCAUGCAAUAGCUGAUUUUGCCGAGGCUCUAGCAUCUAAAAUGCCUGGAAACCUGAAGGUUGUGUUUUUUGUAAAUUCAGGAACCGAAGCAAAUGAAUUAGCUAUGUUGAUGGCACGACUGUACAGUGGCAACCUUGGCAUGAUUGCCUUAAGAAAUGCAUAUCAUGGUGGGAGUUCUAAUACAAUUGGACUGACCGCGCUUAACACAUGGAAGUACCCAAUCCCACAGGGUGAAAUUCAUCAUGUUUUGAAUCCCAACCCAUACCGUGGAGUCUUUGGUUCUGAUGCCAGGCAUUACGCUGAAGAUGUACAAGAUCACAUUGAUCACGGUACUUCAGGAAAAGUUGCUGGUUUUAUAGCUGAAACAAUUCAGGGAGUUGGAGGUGCUGUUGAAUUAGCCCCAGGAUACUUGAAACUGGUUUAUGACAUGGUUCAUAAAGCUGGUGGUGUCUGCAUUGCCGAUGAGGUGCAAACUGGCUUUGGUCGGACGGGAAGUCAUUACUGGGGUUUUGAGACACAGGGAAUCGUUCCUGAUAUUGUUACCAUGGCAAAGGGUAUUGGCAAUGGUUUACCCCUUGGAGCUGUUGUAACAACCCCCGAAAUAGCUAGUGUUUUGGCUCAAAAAAUACAGUUUAACACCUUUGGAGGCAACCCUGUAUGUUCAGCUGGUGGACUUGCAGUUCUCAGGGUUCUUGAUAAAGAGCAGCGCCAAAAGCAUAGUGCAGAGGUUGGCUCUCACAUGAUCCAGCGUCUAAAUGAUCUCCAGAAAAAGCACGAUAUAAUUGGAGAUGUGAGAGGAAGGGGCUUAAUGGUGGGAGUAGAACUCGUUACAGACAGAAAAGAGAAGACACCUGCCAAAGCAGAAACAGGAGUCUUGUUUGAAAAGCUUAGAGAACUCGGUGUUCUUGUCGGGAAAGGUGGACUUCAAGGAAAUGUUUUCAGAAUAAAGCCUCCAAUGUGUUUCACCAAAGAUGAUGCAGAUUUUCUUGUUGAUGCUCUGGAUUAUGCCAUGUCUAAGUUGUGA